UGUACAGCGGGCAUUGGAAAUUAAUAAUUAUGUGUCCUAAGGACAAUGUUAUAGUUUGUCUUUGUUCAUUACACCGUAAGAUACCUGAGGCAGCGAGGAAUUUUUUUACAGAUGCUUUUAAAAUUCAUCAAUUGGCAACUUUUGGUAAUAGAAAGAAGGCUACAUGGAUUUUUCCCAAAACAAGGCGACAACCUAACGGUAAUGACUGUGGAUAUUAUGUAAUGAAGAACAUGCUUGACAUUGUCACCGCUAGUAUUACAAAGAAUUGGAUGGAGGUGUUCGAUGAUCCCACGUCAUUAACCGAGGAGGAGAUGUAUGAAUUGCGAAACAACUGGGCUACUUGUUUUCUUGACCUGUACAAUCCCGAGGUAGAUUAUGUUGUUUCCGAUGAUGAGGUUUAGGAGCUAGCUAGUUACAAUGGAUUCACAUUAAUUAGGAUGUUUUGAAUUGUAAUGACUUGUAUUUUGCUUGAAUGUUAUAACAUUUUGGAUUGUUUUGGUAUUUUGCUUGACUUGUAAGACUUGGUAUUUUAUUUGAA